GAUCUUCAGUUGUUCGGAAUUUCGUUAAAGCAGCUCGUUGACAUUUUAUUGGUGAAAACGUAAAAUUAUCAAGUAAACUGUUCAAUAAUAAACGAGAAAUAAUGAAUGAGCAUAUGGAUAAAAUGGAAGAGCCAUGGUACAAUAUAUUACAGCAAUGAGACCAAUUUACGAAAUGAGGAUUCACAGCAACUGGAUCUUCUGCAGCAAAAUUUAGAGCCAGUACUUGGCUUUUGCUUUCCAUGCAGUACAAAAAAGAGUGAACCGCAAAGUUCCAAGUCCAAAUGCAAGUCUGGGAAGUCUGAUAAAUCUGGAAAGCGUCAUAAAACUCCAAUAUCGCGUAAUCCUUUCCUCAUUUUUUUCCUGACCAUGUAUUACAAGGAUCCCAGUAAAUCUGUCACCGAGGUAGCAAAGGCUGCAGGGAAAAUAUGGUGUAGGAUGUCAGAGAAAGAGAAAGAGAAAUACAUUAAAAAGGCGCGGGAAGAAAGAAAGAGGCGGCAAAACAAAUCCAAAAAAAUAUGUUGAAUACAAAGAGUGUUUAAGAAUAACUCUGAUGAUAAAAAACAAGAAAGAACAAAAGUUCAUCUAUAACCACCAUUACGUAUUUGAUUAAUAUCUCAAUAUGAAAUUAAUUUUGGCCACGAAGUUAAUCACGUGAUCACUUCUUCGGAAAGAAUUCCAAUGCUAAAAAAUUCCAGCAUCUAUAAAACUAUUAUAAAUGUACUUUAGUUAGUGCACUGUAAUCUAUUGUACUUUAGGAGUGAAAACCAUAAGGAUAAUAGAUACAGAAAAUGAUGUUCGGACCAACCCAUUUAGAACAAAGAGGAUGCUGGGGCAAUUGUUGCUUGCGUUAAAAAUAACCUGACGUUGAGCUACAUUUUACACCUGUGCUACGUUAACAUCGAGUACCUAAAAGUUUAACCUGUAAUCUUACUCGCUUUAGUCCUUGCAAUUGAUAGCGAUAGCAUUCAUAAACCGUUUGCUUCCUUGAGACAACUGUAUCCCAUCCGUAUAAAAAAUCCAAAGCAGAAUAAUAUUACAGUAUGGAUUCUAAGUUUCCAAGUCGAGCGAGAAAAUUUCUCUUGAAAGUUCUUCAGCUGCUUUAUUAGCUUGUAUAGCUGCUCGCUCAUUUGUAUUGUCUCGUCUCGUUAGUCAGGGCUGAGACAGGCAGGGAGCUUAAUUUAUCUUCCUCUGAAUUCAACGGGAGAUAGUUCGAGUAAUCGAUGACGCACGCUGAAGGCAUAAAAUCCGCGAAGGUUCGCUUAUAUUAUGUAUUUUUUAUACCGAGAAAUCGAUACCGCGUGCUACGUUUAAAUAAACAAUUCGUACAAUAACAAUGGAUCGCGAGACCACCUAAAGCAUUCCCAUUAAGACCGGAACAUCUCCCACGAGGUAUCUAACGAAAUUGAAAGCCCUACACUAUUCCUCUGACUGCGAUUGCCCGAUCAACUUCUAUGUGAAAAAACGAGGUCAAGGUCAUUGAGUACAUAAGCUUUAACAGCCUUUCUACGAUGCAAUGGAUCCCCCUUUUUUUUUGUUCUUAUACGUAAAAACUACUAGUAACCCAUUUAUUGAUUUUACUCUUUCGAAUUGCUCGGCUUUAAGUCGCGGUCCUAUGUACAUACAUACAUUGAACAGUAAUAAAGCUCUCUUGGACUAGUGUCAGAGUUUACAAGUAACAAUUUCCUACGACGCAUUCAUGAACGUUACAAUGGAUUCUCCAAGAUCUUGAGCACUGGCGAGUGUUUGUGUAGUCGUACGCGGUGAUGUUUAUUUAGAAGCAUUCGAAGAGACGUAAAAUACGAUUUGAACGAGUUCACUUCUUAAUGUCGUGUUCAAAAUACAUCAAACAUUCAUUGAAGAUGGAUAUUUCAGUUUACAAACGGACAAAACUGUUCAGAGCGGUUUGGGAUCGUUAACGUUUAUGAUUUAUGUAUAUUAGAAGUAUUGGCAUAGUGUGCAUGCUCAGAUUAGGGUUAGCAAUGCAGUAGUAUUUUGAAAUCAACUCAUCU